CUACCAGACAAGGAAACUCCACACAUUUCUCUCACAACACCUCCGGCGACUGCGCGUGUAUCCCCGUCGUUUCCUGACGUCUCCUAGCCGUGUCCGAUCCCUUUGAUCUCGUACCAGACAACCACACGACUCGCGAGUACUCCGCAGGUUUGGCAUGUCUAUGCCGUGUGGAACCUGGAUGUCAUUUCAUGGGGUUUUCUUUUCCUAUUGAUAGUCUUCUUCCGGUGGUUUAGAUCGAGAUGUUUGAACCACUAUUGCUUGGUGUUUCACCGUAGCUGAUUUCUGCUCGAAUUCUAUCGUUAUUACUUCAUUUUCUGAAGUUUGUGCAUAAUGAUUAGGUUUUAAUUUGCUCCACAGAUGCAAACUGAUCAAUCAACUUGAUUGAUUGUAUUACCGAUGAUACUAUAAGGAUCACUACCAGAGGGUUGUAAGCACUAAUGGCGAGGAUAAAACCUCAAGCGCUCUUGCUGCAGAGCAAAAAGAAGAAGGGCCCAAGUCGUAUUAGUGCCACAACAAUUGUUAUGUACAUACUCAUUGCUGCUGUAAUGGCAUUUUUCCUGUUUGCCACGUACAGGCACUGGUCGAGGAGAUCCAUGCUUCAAAGGGAUGUAGGUGAGGGUGAUAGUUUUUUUGCAGAGCAGAAGAAAUCUGAUGCUGGAAAAUAUGCUCUCAUAAGCACCACAAAAGGCUUGAUAACUGUUGAGCUUUUUAAGGACGGUUCUUCUGAUGUUGUUGACGAAUUUGUUGAUUUAUGUUCUAAGGACCACUUUAAUGGGAUGCAAUUUAACCAAGUUAUUAAGAACUUUGUUAUCCACGGAAGUAACGUGGAAAAACCAGAAUCUACCGAAGAUUGGACGUCAAGGGUAAAAAACUAUGCUCACCUUGACACAAGUCUGAAGCAUGAAGCAUUUAUGUUUGGUACUUCCAAGGCAAGACAAGGUGGUGGGGGAUUUGAUAUAUUUAUAACAACUGCACCAAUUCCAGAUCUGGAUGAAAAGAUUUUUGUAUUUGGGCGUGUCAUCAGAGGUGAAGAUGUUGUUCAGGAGAUUGAAGAAGUGGACACGGACGACCAUUAUCGCCCCAAAUCCGCUGUACAAAUCACAGGAAUUACUGUGAAACAAAACCUCUGAAGGCUGAGAUUCUCAUCAGCACCCCAACUCUCGUGGGAUUCAGAUUUCCAUACCUCAGAGCACAAUGCAUGCAAGUGUAGCGGUUGGUUUUAUUUCGGAAGGCCUCUGCAUGGUGAUGUCUCCUCCUAAACAAAUCCUGCAAUGUUACACCCAAUUUUACUUGGCAGGUUAUUUUUGUUUUUAUCACGUCGUAAGAUUCCAUUGAUUGUAAUGUUCUAUUAAGGGAUCCU